UGUCUCCUCUCUCAGCUCUUAACGCGGCCGAGCAGCAGGAGAGAGUGGCAGUGAAUGUGUCCGAGGCGUCGUUUAGCUGUUUAGAGGAAAAAUAACAAGAAAACUCAAAAACUACGGCGGAAGAAGAGAGGAGGACCAACCCUCGGUGCAGACCCACACGACCUCGGCUUUACCCUGGACUAUGAUAACCCCCAAACAGAGGCUGGUAAUAACGGGACGCUGUGUUUUUUUUUAACUACAAGCGGCUUAUUGCACAUCUGUAGAGCAUAAUGAAGGCAUCCGCUAUUCUUUACGGGUUUUCCUCCAACGUUUAGCCACAACACUAUUUAGAAAUGCGUCGCUCUUUAAACAUCCUCUGAGUCCUCAUAUAUACACUCAUCGAGGGGGGAGCUAGCUUGAGAAUUGUGCUAAAAAUCCUCCUCCCGUGGCCUUUGGAGGACAGUGAAGUCAUUUGAGAAGGAGAAGAAGAAGACACGUCCAGAUCAUCAUCCCUUAUAGUUUUACACAGUUCUACAGAGGAAAAUAAGCGGCGCUGGCUUUCCCGUCGAUCCGAUCCAGACCCCACCGGGUAUCUUAAUAAUUUUCCCUCCAGAUCUUACAUGGUUUUGCCUUUCUGAUCCGUCACCGCCGACCCUUUUGUGGGCAUUUAUCCCCCCUCCACCCUACCCUCUCUCACACACACACCGUUAAAUUAAAGGAUGCCGGAUCAAAUAUCGGUGUCCGAGUUUCUCUCGGAGACAACAGAGGAUUACAAUUCCCCGACAACGUCCAGCUUCACCACCCGCAUGCAGAGCUGCAGGAACACAGUGAAUGUGCUGGAGGAGGCGCUGGAUCAGGAUCGAACUUCUCUGCAAAAGGUGAAGAAAUCAGUGAAGUCAAUCUACAAUUCAGGUCAAGAUCAUGUUCAGAAUGAAGAAAACUACGCCCAGGCUCUGGAUAAGUUUGGUAGCAACUUCAUCAGCAGGGACAACCCUGACCUGGGGACAGCUUUUGUCAAGUUCUCCUCUCUCACCAAGGAGCUGUCGGCCCUGCUGAAGAACCUGCUACAGAGCCUCAGCCACAAUGUGAUCUUCACCCUGGACUCGCUGCUCAAGGGGGAUUUGAAAGGCGUGAAAGGGGACUUAAAGAAGCCUUUUGACAAAGCGUGGAAGGACUAUGAGGCUAAGUUUACAAAGAUAGAGAAGGAGAAGCGGGAGCAUGCCAAGCAGCACGGGAUGAUCCGCACCGAAAUCACUGGGGCCGAGAUCGCAGAGGAGAUGGAGAAGGAGCGGCGCUUGUUCCAGCUGCAGAUGUGCGAGUACCUGAUCAAAGUAAACGAGAUCAAGACCAAGAAAGGAGUGGACCUCCUGCAAAACCUGAUUAAGUAUUACCACGCACAGUGCAAUUUCUUCCAAGAUGGCUUGAAGACAGCAGAUAAGCUGAAGCAGUACAUCGAGAAGCUGGCGGCUGAUCUCUACAACAUAAAGCAAACACAGGACGAGGAAAAGAAGCAGCUGACUGCUUUGCGGGAUCUGAUCAAGUCCUCCCUCCAGUUGGACCAGAAAGAGUCUAGAAGAGACUCGCAGAGUAAGCAGGGUGGCUACAGCAUGCACCAGCUGCAGGGAAACAAAGAGUUUGGUAGUGAGAAGAAAGGCUACCUGCUGAAGAAGAGUGAUGGGCUGAGGAAGGUGUGGCAGAGGAGGCAGUGCUCGGUGAAGGGAGGCAUCCUCACCAUCUCUCAUGCCACAUCCAACAGGCAGCCUGUCAAACUCAACCUGCUCACCUGCCAGGUGAAGCCGAGCUCUGAGGACAGGAAAUGCUUCGAUCUAAUUUCUCAUAACCGGACUUAUCACUUCCAAGCUGAAGACGAACAAGAGUUUGUCAUAUGGAUCUCCGUGCUAACCAACAGCAAGGAGGAGGCUCUGAACAUGGCUUUCCGAGGAGAGCAGAGCAGCGGCGGGGAGGACGGAUUAGAGGACUUGACUAAAGCCAUCAUAGAAGACGUGCUGCGCAUGCCAGGCAACGAGAUCUGCUGCGACUGCGGAGCUGCAGAGCCGAAGUGGCUGUCCACCAACCUGGGGAUCCUGACCUGCAUCGAAUGCUCUGGGAUCCACCGUGAGAUGGGCGUCCACAUCUCCCGCAUCCAGUCCAUGGAGCUGGACAAGCUGGGGACCUCAGAGCUGUUGUUGGCCAAGAAUGUAGGAAACAGUAGUUUCAAUGAAAUCAUGGAGGCCAACCUCUCCUCCCCUUCUCCGAAACCAAACCCCUCAAGCGACAUGACGGUGAGGAAGGAGUUCAUCAACGCCAAGUACGUGGACCACAAGUAUGCGAGGAAGACGUGCACGUCGGCGGCGGCCAAGAUGAUCGAGUUGUUUGAGGCCAUCCAGACCCGGGACCUGCUGGCUCUCAUCCAGGUCUACGCCGAGGGGGUGGAGCUGAUGGAGCCGCUGCCGGAGGCGGGACCGGAAGUUGGAGAGACAGCUCUUCACUACGCCGUCCGCACUGCCGACCAGACCUCACUGCAUCUGGUGGACUUCCUUGUGCAGAACAGUGGUAACCUGGAUAAGCAGACCGAGUGGGGGAACACCGCCCUGCAUUACUGCUGCAUCUACGAAAAGCCCGAGUGCCUCAAGUUGCUCCUGAGAGGCAAGCCGGCCACCGACAUCGCCAAUCAGAACGGAGAGACGGCCCUGGAUGUUGCCAGGCAACUGAGGAACACUCAGUGCGAGGAGGCACUCGUUCAGGCUGCAGAGGGGAAGUUCAAUCCUCACAUCCAUGUGGAGUACGAGUGGAGCCUCAGACUGGAGGAGAUGGACGAGAGCGACGACGACCUGGACGACAAGCCCAGUCCCAUCAAGAAGGACCGCUCUCCCAGGCCGCAGAGCUUCUGCCACUCCUCCAGCCUGUCGCCCCACGACAAGCUCUCCCUGCCAGGCUUCAUCAGCCAGAGGGACAAGCAGCAGCGGCUCUCCUACAGCGCCUUCACCAACCAGAUGUACAGCGCCUCCACCGACCUCAGCUCCUCCCCCGUGGCCGACGGGCCGCCGCUGCCGCCCAGGAACCAGGGCAAAGCUCCUCCCCCAUCCGGCCCUUCCUCCACACUCACACCAGGAGGUAGCUCCACCCUGUCCAAGAAGAGACCUCCGCCCCCGCCUCCUGGACACAAACGCACCCUGUCUGACCCACCCAGCCCGCUCUCUCACAGUCCGCACAGUAAAGGGGGCGCAGUAACCGGGGGAAGCGACUCCACCCCUCCGCCGGUCAGUAAGAUGUCCCCCGUGUCCAACAAGUUUGAAGGCAUUCCUCAGCAGCAAAGCACUACUUCAAGCAACACAAAGUCGACACUUGGUCCAAGGGUUCUUCCCAAACUACCUCAGAAAGUGGCGUUGAGAAAGAUCGACACCAUCCACCAUCCGUCUGUGGACAAGCCCAGCCUUCCUCCAGAGGUCUUCCAGAAAUCUCCGCCGCCAACCGAAACCGCACACAAGGCGCCCCUGGCUGACAGGCCACAGCUGGGCGACCUGCCGCCCAAACCACAGGUUUCUGAACUUCCCCCCAAGCCAGGAGAACUUCCUCCGAAGCCGCAGCUCUCCGACCUCCCCCCUAAGCCCCAGCUGGGCGACCUGCCGCCCAAACCUCAGCUCAAAGACCUUCCCCCCAAGCCGCACCUGGCAGACCUGCAUCCCAAACCGGGGACAUCCGAGUCCGCUCCCCGGCCCCCUGCUGGGGAUUCAACAACGCAGAGGCCGCAAACGCAGCCGCCCCCUCCGCCUCAGACUCAGCCGCAGCAGCAAGACUCGCCGUCGCCCAACCAGCAGGUGGCGAACAUAGCGACACCAUCACAGCAAACCGCAGAGGACACUAACGGGACGCCGCCGGGGACCGCCGAGACUCCGGUGCCACUCCCAAGGAAGAUCAAUACCGGUAAGAAUAAAACCCGGCGGGUGAAGACUAUCUACGACUGUCAGGCGGACAACGACGACGAGCUGACAUUCGUUGAAGGAGAGGUGAUCAUAGUUACAGGAGAAGAGGACCAGGAGUGGUGGAUCGGACACAUCGAAGGAGAUCCGGACAGAAAAGGCGUGUUCCCCAUGUCUUUUGUGCACAUCCUGAGUGACUGACAGCCAGACUUGCACUAUGUCUCUCCCUAAAGUGGGAUUUAAUGUAAAUAAAUACCUUAUCACACAGUAAAACCCCUGGUCACACGGCAGGUGUCCUGAAGAAAACAAAGUAAUGAAGAAAACCAAGAAGGCUCAUCCACGCUGUACAAAGAAUG